AGGAGGAGGAGGAGGAAGAGGUGGACCGGAAGGUGUUUUAAAAACUCAGAUGUUUACUUCACUUUCUUGAAGUGAAGCGGACACAUUCCACGCAGUUGUAAAGCCGCCAUCAAAGUAGAAGUUGAGCUAGUUUAUCAACAAAUAUGCGUGGAGUGUUGUAGGGCUCGAAAAAGAUGGCAGAACACAACGAGACAGUUGUGUACUUAUCUGAGCAGGUGGUGGUGUUGUGUUCGUGUGCUCUGUCCUUUGUGGGCUCAUCGCUCAUCAUAGUCCUUUACAUUAGUUUGCCAGAGCUGAGGACCACUCCGCGAAAGCUGCUGCUCUUCCUCUCCGUGGCGGACUGGCUGUCCGCCGUCUCCUACGCCUACGGAGUGUGGAGAGUGUUCGGUUCCGACUCGCCGGAUUGUAUCGCCCAAGGAGCUAUAUCCACCUUCGCCAACACCAGCUCGUUUUUCUGGACUGUGGCCAUUGCUAUCUACUUGUACGUGUUCAUCGUUAAGUCCAAUCAGACGGCUGCUGACAGCCUGGUGUUGCUCUUCCACCUGGUCAGCUGGGGGGUUCCUCUGACUAUCACAGUUGCAGCGGUGUGCCUCAACAAGAUUGGCUACAAUGCUUCAGAGGUGUCCGUGGGCUGGUGCUGGGUCCGGAUCCACAGUCCUGACCGAGUCCUGUGGAUGCUUCUGACUGGGAAGAUCUGGGAAUUCCUGGCUUACCUCACCCUCCCGGUCCUCUACAUCCUCAUCAAGAGGCACAUCCACACAGCGCAUGCUGCCCUUUCAGAGUACCGUCCACUCUUGGCCAACAGGACAUCAUCACACUCCUACUCCUCCAUGGCGGACAUGAAGCUAACUCUCAUCCCCAUUAUCUUCAUUGUGUUGCGGAUUUGGAGCACAAUACGCUUCAUUCUGCUACUGGUUGGAUCCCCGGCUGGACAGAACCCUGUGCUGGUGACUCUACAUGGCAUCGGCAACACAUCACAGGGAGCAGCCAACUGCAUCAUGUUUGUUUUGUUCACCACUCCAGUCCGUAAGCGCCUCUUCGCUGCACUCUGCCGCUGCUGUAAGGGCAAAGCAGAGAGCCAGCAAGCACUGGACGCCUCUCCCGGACUGUUGACAGGAAUGCAGCCUUCAGGCCAAAGCGAGGACACCAUCACCACUGACAGGCACAAAGGCAUCCAUGGCGGACAGUGAGGAAUGGGGGAAUCCUGCUGAAAGGCGAGGGAGAUUAACAGCCGUUCUGGCACUGGCAACACUCAUAUCUGCAUUUGGUUCAUCCUUCCAGUAUGGAUAU